CGGGCAGGAAGUGAUAUUGUUAUUGGCGGAACUGAGGCUAACCAAACAGAAGCUAACAGAGCUAACAGAGCUGAUAUGACGGAGUAACAAAUGGCUACUGAUGUCAGUCUGAGGCUGGAGAGGCGGCGUCCAGCACGAGACAACAUUUGUCCUCUGGAGUCUAAAUUUCUGAGGACGGAUGGAGAGGACGUUGCCUUCAAACUGGACAGCAGGUCACUGUCCACGCCUCACGCAGGAAGCUCCACUGGGGACAAACAGGAAGAGGAGCGAACACUUGUCUCAGGUGAUGGGAUGACGGGGGAAAAGGUGGUCGCCAUGGUGACCAGCGAGGCCAGUGAGGAUGAAAUGGGAAGCCUGGACAUUGACCUGGACAGGACGUCCAAACAACACAACCUGACGUCCAGCAACGUGCGCGCCAUCCUGCAUGAGGUGAUUACCCACGAGCAUGUGGUGGCCAUGAUGAAAGCUGCCAUCAGAGACACUCAGGACCUGCCGAUGUUUGAGCCGAAGAUGACUCGAUCCAGGCUGAAACAGGCCGUUCAGCAGGGACAGCCUCUGGACUGGAGUCUGUCAGCCGUGAACACAGCCACAGUCAAGCCUCCUCAGUUCGUAGACAUUGAUCUUGAGGAGGAUGAAGACUCGUCUGAUGAAGAGUAUUGUCCUGAUGAGGAAGAGGAGGAGGAGGAAGACACUGCCGAGGAGACUUUCCUCAGCGAUGCAGACAGCUUGGCUUCACCUCCCAGAAUGCAUCAGGCCUUUCAACUUAAACUACUGACAGUCCAGAGGACUGAUGAAUCCCGACAGAAACCCUCAGGACACCUGGGGGAACAGGUGAUGACCUCCACCUGCGCUCCUCAUCAGCUCCUCACUGUUCCUGAGACCUCCUUCCUGGAGAGACUCAACGCUGUGGAGGAGGAGCUGGACUGUAGUGCUGCCUACACCUAUAACCAGGACAGAAAAGCCAGCAAUGAUGGUGGUGAUGGAGGCACCAGCUGUUUGGCGUACCGCACACGCUCCAAACUUCCUCUGGUUAACGUUCCUUUGGGUCAGCUGGAGGCGGAGCUUCUGGCCCCUGACAUCAGCGCUGACAUGUACGAGCUCAGCGCCGCCCAGGGGGAGGAGGAGCGUCACUGGACGAAGUGGCUGCAGGGUCUCAUGGCCCCCGACAAUGAAGAGGAAGCCGAUGAUGAUGACGACCCAGAGUACAACUUCCUGGAAGACCUGGAUGAACCCGAUCUGGAGGACUACAGGACGGACCGGGCGGUCCAGAUCACCAAGAAGGAAGUGAACGAGCUGCUGGAGGAGCUGUUUGAAACGCUCCAGGAGGAGGUGGCAGCUGAGGAGCAGGAGGAGGAGCAGGAAGAGGAGCAGGAGGAAGAGGUGGUGCCAUUACAGACUGGACCGAAAUUCAACGUCCCCCAAGCUUUACGUUUUGAGGCACCAUUAGCCAGCAUGUUGACAGAGCGACGGCGAACCGUCAGGAAACAGUACGAAGCUCUGCAGCAGAGGAGAGCCCUGCAGGAAACCACCAGUAAUCACCGUGACAACCUGAAGGACACACCCAGCACACAACCCGGGACCGUUACGUCUGUCUUAGUGCUACCAAGUCGGGUCUACCCCACCCUCCACCUGGACUACACCCAGAAACUGCAGCUACAGCAGCAGAUACAGCAGCACGUUCAGCUGCUGACUCAAGUUCACCUGCUGAGUCGCCGUGUGGACGCCCUGAACCACCAAGCCUGCCUCACCAAACACUACCUGGAGGAGCUUCAGCAGUUUGCUAGCCGUCAGGAGGAGGCCGUUCUCCCCAGUAGUUUCACAGUGUGUAACCUGAGGGGGGCGCUGGAUCUCCUGCAGGAGGUGGAGCAGAGAGCGGACCCUCCUCCUGCUCCUUCUGCUCCUACUUCCACCAGGCGCUGGCUCCCCAGGAUGACUCCUGCUACCAACAGCCACGCCUUCCCUCUGCUGCCUGCCGACACCGCCUGGCUGUUUGCCACACGUCCUGUCUUCCUUUACCCAGAACUGCUUCCUGUCUGCAACCUGGAUCCCGCCCUCCACACCCGACCCCACCGGAGUGUUUACACUGCAGGAGAGGACGGAUUGCUGGUUCAUGGUCUGAAGCACUUCGAGGGGACGGUCCAGUCGGAUCAGCUGAUCAGCUCCUACCUGCUCUGUAAGACUCGAUGGAGCUUGAGGAAACACGUCAGAGAGAUGAGCGGGCCGAGAGCGCCACGCAACAGUGUCAUCAAGACGUUCCUGACGCAGCGAGUGAUCCCCCCGCUGCCGCUCGCUUGCAGCAGAGUUGAGCCGGGAGACCAGCGCCCCCCAGUGGACAGAAACAACUCCAACAUGCCAAACUGGCUUAAGAACAGUCAGCUGAUCAUCCAGAAGACCCGACUCAACUCCACCUGUUACCCGCCCUCCCUCCCCCCAGGCUGCACCCUGAGGCUCCACCCCUACUGGGUCAGCAAGUCGUCCCACCCGCCUCCCCGCCCCCACAGACGGCUCUUCACCUUGGCCCACAAUGCAUCUCUGCUGCCACUUGCCAAAGCCCCCGGAGACAGAGAGGAGGACACACUGGUAGACAGGCAGACAGUGAGACAGACGGUGAGGCAGUCAAAGAGACGGACAGACAGACAGGUGGACAAAAGAGCAGAGAGACAGGUAGACAUGCAGCCAGUCAGCUACCUGUCUCUUCCCCAUCCAGGCGUUACAGUACUCUCCAACCCCCCUGCUGUUGUAGGAGCCCUGACUCCACCCCCUGACUGUGGGGCCGUCCCAUUGGCUGCUGUUCAUACAGUCCCCACCCACCAGGUGAGUGCUGACAUCAUCCAGUCCUGCCUUCCUGUCGGCCAGAGGAUGCAGCAGAGCGUUUCCGGGCAACAAGGCAGCGGCUCUAUCCCCCUCCUCAUCCCUCUCCCCUCCCUGACCAACCCUGAACCUACAAAUCCCAUAAUGCCUUGCCCAGUGGACACUGUAAAGCCAGGGUACUUCCUCCUCCAGAUGGUUUUGACGCCACCAGCUCCCACAGCUCUGCCCACCUUCACCUCCCAGCAUGCUCUGGGGCAACAGCUCCAGAGAAUUAGUCUCAGAGUAGAGCAGACGUCCACAAGGCCACGCCCUCCACUGGAGGAGGAGAGACAGGUGGAGGAGGAGAAACAGGUGGAGGAGGAAAGUCCAGCUUCAACAUCCACACUGAGUCCACUGUCAUCCUGUGCAGGAGAGGAGGUGGAGGAGGAGACGCAGGACUGGACAGCUCUGGGUGUGGUCCAUUUAAACGGAGGAGAAAACACUGGUGGAGAGGAGGAAGAGCGGCGAGAGGCUGGAGAUUCAGGAGGAGGUGGAGAGGAGGAAUCGGGUGGGGGAGGAGAGGGAGAGCAGGGAGGAGAGGGUGAGGAGGAGGACGACGAGGGACAAAGGGAGGACGGGGGAGCAGAGAGGGACGAGGAUGGAGAGAAGGAUAAGGAUGAAGAUCAGGACCGGCAGGGCGAGGAGGAGGAGGAGGAGGACUUUGAUGACCUCACACAGGAUGAAGAUGAGGAGGAAGUGAUGUCAUCAGCGUCAGAGGAGUCAGUGCUGUCUGUUCCAGAGUUACAGGAGACCAUGAAGCAGCUGACCUGGCUGGCGGCGGAGCGGCGGCUCUGUGCAGACGGCGACUCGGAGGAGGACCACUCUCCCAUGUCAGCUGGCUCUCAAGAGGAGGAGGAGGAAGAGGAAGAGGAGGGGCCUAAAGGGGAGGAGUCCGGAGAGGGCAGGAGCAGUAAGACAGGAAGAGACAAGGAGACGCCGUCAGGAGAGGGGACACCCAGAGGAGGGGGGAGGUGUCCAGGACGAGGACGAGGUCGAAGCCGACCUCUCCGCGGUCUGAGGAGGAGUCGUCAGGAGCGUCACAGUAAAGACGCUGCGAAACUGCUGCUGCUGUACGACGAAAACAUCCUGGAAAACGACCCCCACAGGGAGAGCAAAGACGUGGCGUUCGCCCAGAGUUACCUCAGCAGGGUGCGUGAGGCGCUGCAGGACAUACCUGGGCAGGUGGAGGAGUUUGUGUCUCUGCUGAACGAUUUCGAGCAGGUGGGAGAAGGACCGGAAGUGAUGAUGUUGUUCAGGAAACUGCGCUGCAUCCUGGGAGACCGGACCGACCUCCUCCGAGACUUCGCUGCAUUCCUGCAUCCUGAACAGGCGCUGCAGUGUGGACUGUUUGAGGAGCAGCAGGCGUUUGAACGCAGCCGUCGUUUCCUGCGACAGUUGGAGAUCAGUUUUGGAGAUAAUCCGUCACAUUAUCAGAAGAUCAUCAAAGCUCUGCAGACCGGUCCAGACCUGAGUCCAACCAGCAUCCACGAGCUAAAGUCUCAAAUGGCCACACUGCUAAAAGGCCACAACCACCUACAAGCUGAAUUCUGGGUAUUUUUUGACGAGCUCCGCCCACCCCCGGCCCGCCCUGGACAGUUUGAGGAAGCUCAUUGGCCGGAAGACGGUGGGGGCGGGUCAGACGGUGGAGAGGGCGUUGGCCAGGUGCCAGGAACUGGACUCAGUAGCGGCUUUGAGGAAGUGACUCUCCCUGAGCUUGAGGAGGAAGAGGAGGGGCACAAGAUCCAACCAAUGACAGGCCGGCGCCGGAGGAGGAAGAUGGACGCCCACAGAAACUACAAGGACUGUGAUUGGUCAGAUAAAGACUGGCCUUGCCUCUGUCGUGACGCAAAGAUCCGCCGACACAGGAGGAAAGGAUGCUCCCAUUGCCAUGGCAACAAGACCUCAGGGGGCGUGUCCAGAGCUAUGAAAAGUCUGGACCCUCUCUACUCGCAGAUAAGCUCCGCCCAUGACGACCCAGGUGACAAAGACCUGGACCUGAAGGGGGACGAUGACAGUCCACAACCAGACCGAAGCGGUGCAUCAUGGGAAGGCUCGUUCCCUCUGAUAGAUGAGAAGGAGGAGGAGGAGGAGGAGCUGGAUGAUGAGGAGGAGGAUGAAAAUGAAGAGGAGAGGAAAACAACUGAGAAGGAGCAGAGCCCGGUGGUGAAUAGGAGCAGGAGAGAGGUGGUGGUGGAAGGAUGCAGUGUCUCCUCUAUUCUUUCCAUCACCUCCUCUACCUCUCCCUCUGUUACCUCCUCAGACCCCACUAGCACCUCCUCUAUUACCUCCAUCACCACCCCCACCCCUCCUAUCACUUCCUCCAUCUUCCCUCCUACCUCAGUUCCCUCCUCUGUCUUAUCCUCCUCCAUCACAUCUAUCACUCCACCCUCUACCUCUCCCACUACCACCUCCUCCUCCAUGUCUCCCUCUGUAUGCACCACCUCCUCUGUUCCUCCUUGGCCCAGUCCUCCUGCUGAUGUCCCAGUCUGUGCCAAAAAUAUUUCUUUGACAGCGAGCGGAGAAAAAGUCAUCCUCUGGACCAGGGAAGCAGAUCGAGUCAUUUUGACGACGUGUCAGCAGGAAGGAGCCAAUCAGAACACUUUCCAGGCCAUCUCUACUCUGCUCGGCAACAAGACUCCGAGCGAGGUCUCUCGUCGGUUUCGGGAUUUAAUGCGUUUGUUUCGGACGGCGGCUCGUCAGACCAGCUCAGAGGACGAGGCUCCACCCACUGAGCCGCCAGCAGCAGAUGAGGAACCAGACUGAUAUGAACCAAUCAGAAGAACCGAAGAAGCAAAGGAAGUUUUUUUAUACUCCCAGGACUUUUACUGUGAAAGGAUUCACAGAUGAGUUUGCUAUCCAUAAAAAAAUGUAAAUAUGAAAAUAGGAGAUUAUUUAAUGUUUUUGUAAAAAGAGGUGACAGUUUUUUUUCUUUUACAAUAAACAGUUGUUUCAUCAAA